AUGGAGCCUCCAAAAUCUGGAUGGCCCGAUGUACCAAGAAACAAUCUUCCUCCUUGGGACCGCGUCGUUGACAUCGUCUAUCAUAAGUACCGUCGUGGCCAGAGCCCCAGUGACAUAGAUGAUGCCUUCGGUAGAUCUGUUGGGCUGUUUUUCGCAGAUAGCAAUCGAACCCAGGAUUUGUCGCCCACGUCGCCUUAUCUCAAACUCUCAGCUUCUGCUCGCUUCAAGAUAUGCCAAAUCUUGGUCAGUGACCACAGUGCUGAGCUACCAAUCUCGCUCACCCAUAGUCGUUUAACGAAAGAGGUCUGGAAAGACGACGAAUUCACCUCACUCGCAAACGCCCUCGAACCUCUGCAGCCAUAUCUGAGAGCCUCAUUUGCCCUUCACGCCGACAUUAUGGUUGCUUUUCUGAUGACAGAGCAAUUUCAUAUCACUUAUUCACCAUUCGUCAAUACAUAUUUUGACCCUCUGGCAACAUUGUGGUUGAACAGGUACGGCCACUUCAUGCAGGUGAUUGUCCUGGAGCUUGAUAUGACCCGCUUCGGCUUUGGUCCUGGGAUUCAUGCCUAUAAACUCCGCACGGGAACAGUCAACCUCGACAUCCUUCUCAACAUGUUUGUUGAAACACAGAUGAAGCGCACUUCGCCGAUCAAGAGUCUCGUCCUUCUCUGCCGGCGUUUUUAUGGCCAGCGGCCAGACAGAGCUGCCCUAAUGGAUACCGAAAGUUCGGCGACAGGCAAGGAAGUUUAUAAAGACGAGCUGGCACAGAGUCGGGUGACCCAAGUUGCGGAGGAACGCAUCUAUUACUGCCCGGACAAAGCGCUCGAGGUGUGCGAACCACUCGUGAAACUGGCUUGGAGGGUCGACUCAAUGCGCCUGGUUGGGUUUAGUAACCAGUAUACGCAUUCCCUAUUGCGUCGCAUCUUCCCAAUUUCUGAAGACAAGGACAGUCUUAGGCACCACUCAUACAGAGUCGCGCCAUCGUCUGUAUGGCCGCGGCUCCCAGGGCAGUCCUCCUGGAUUGAUGCAGGACACGGAAAAAUUACACUCGACGACCACACAAGAGAUUACCUACAUGGUCUCUAUUCCCCCGAGGGCGCGAUCCAGCUACCGCCUCCUUAUUUCAACCCCUCCACAGGGUACAUGUCGAUUUGUCCGCCGGUUGAGUAUAUGGAUGGUACUUCCAGGGAACACGACUUGAAUAAGGCGAACAGCAUCUGCUCGUAUGAGACCGCAAGUAAGACUAAGGGUAUGGUAGCCCAAGAUGUUGACAGCUUCGAGAAUGGAGUGCAAGGCUUGGUGCACAGGAUUCGACGAAGCUUGUCAAAGCGAGACAGGGGCAUGAGGCCCUAA